GUUUUUCCCUCUUUUUCAAUGCCUCCUCGACCAAGGAAAAACACACCAGAAACGACCCAAAGCCGCUUGACUGAAAAGUCCGUCGGGCCCCUUGACAACUUUCAUGGUAAAGUUGCCGACAAGCAGCUCGGCUGGAUGGGAAGACUCCUACUGCUCGGGGCUUUGGGCCUGUUUUGGAUCUUCCAGAGGGAAAAUAUGAUACCGAUGCGAUUUCGUUUGCCGAGAGUUAUUCGGGGUGUGAAAGAGGCUACUACCACUCCUUGUCGAGAUGAAUACGAAAUGAAGGAAAUUCAAUCGUGGGUGGAUACUCAUCUCGCCGCAGCCCGUCAGUACAGGUCUGCUAAUCCUAUUGAGGACAAGCCAGAUAUGUUACUACUGCUCGGUGGUCCUGGCGCUGGAAAAGGUACACUUUUACGUAAAUGGCGUGAAGGAGGAGGUCCGAGAGACGCCUUCGCCUUGAUCGGUCUCGAUGAGUUCCUACAGUUCGUUCCCGAGUUCAACCACUCUGCUAACGACAAGUAUUUCGUAUUCGAAGAUGCGGCCAGCCCGAAGUGUUAUAAACCUGCAAUAAAAGCGGCGAAGUUGGCCAAUACAGUGGCUGUUGCUGAGGGUCUCAAUGUUAUAUAUGAGGACACUGGCAAGGACAUAACUCGUCUUGUUGAGCGUGUUAUACCACCUUAUAAAGAGGCAGGCUACCGUAUCACCAUAGUGCUGGUUCACAACGAGCCCGAUAUUGCCAUUCAACGUGCGUUCAUGCGCUUCCUUGGUGAUGGACGUUUGGCUGAUGAGGAGUAUAUAAAGAAAUCAUUCAAAAACGUUGAUGAUAAUUAUUAUAUAGUUCGUAAUAGGCCCACUAUAGACGAGGCGGUUUAUUGUGAUAAUACUUGUCGCUUUGGAAGGCCCUUCAUCAGCCAUACUGCGGCUGGCUCUGUCCCUGAGAACUGUCUUAGAUGCAAGCCUGACGGUGGAGAAGAGAGACCUGUCAGACUCCUUGAGUCACUACUGCGCAUAACUGAUCCGUUGCCUUGA